UUCUGCAGAUGUUCUGAGCUGUCAGACCCACCGAUCCAGUUGUUGGUGCUGUUGCUGAGAGCAGGCAGCAGUCCAGGAGGCCUGUGCAUUCUCUUCAGACAUCCUGAGCGUCCAGUGUUGAGCAGUCUCCCCAAGGAUGGAACGUGGUCUAAACACAGAUCUAUCGGGAACACCCAAGUGACGCGACCUGAUAGCCCGGACAAGAAGUCUCAAGGUAUGGAUGAUAAAGGAGAGCCGAGUGGAGAGGAAACACCCAGGGCUAUUAAACCCACCAGUAAGGAGUUUAGGAAGACGUGGGGUUUCCGGAGAACCACCAUUGCCAAGCGAGAGGGUGCAGGAGACGCUGAGUUGGACUCUCUGGAGCAACCCCAGCAGCAGCAGCAGAGCCUCUCUUUGCGCCGCAGUGGGCGGCAGCCGAAGCGGACGGAGCGCGUGGAGGAAUUCUUGACCACGGUGCGCCGCCGAGGCAGGAGGAAUGCUCCGGUGUCCCUGGAGGAGUGUGGAGAGCCCACAUCCUGUCCUGUUACAGACGCCGAGACGGCCUCCGAAGGCAGUGUGGACAGCACCUCAGACCUCAAAGGAGGGUCCAAGGCUGGCACCACGGGGGAGAAGGAUUCCCCCGCCUCGACCGUGAAGGCCACCGGUACUGAGGACGAGGACAAUGCCUCCGAUAGUGACAGUGACGGGUUGACUUUGAAGGAGCUUCAGAAUCGGCUUCGGAGGAAGCGGGAGCAGGAGCCGGAUGAGCGGCCCCUGAAGGGGAUGCAGAAUCGACUAAGGAAGAAGCGGCAUGAGGAGGACCCGACAGAGACUGUGGAUGUUGAGGCAGGCAAUGCAGAACCCUGCAAACCAGAGCCUGAGGCUGACCGAGGGGCCACCACUCAGGCAGCCAAGGAUGACAAAGAUGGUGUGUUUGAAAGAGCAGUGGUGCAGGGUGUGGCAGAUGAAGAACCCAAAGGCAUGGGGAAACACAAGCCCGAAUGUGAGGUGUAUGACCCCAACGCCCUCUACUGCAUAUGUCGAAAGCCUCAUAAUAACAGGUUUAUGAUUUGUUGUGACCGUUGUGAAGAAUGGUUUCAUGGUGACUGCGUGGGCAUUUCCGAGGCCCGAGGGCGACUUUUGGAGAGGAACGGGGAGGAUUACAUCUGCCCAAACUGCACCAUUUUGCAAGUGCAGGACGAGAACAACUCAGACUCUGCAGAGCAGUCAGGACCCAGGUUCCGACCUGCAGAGGCCGAUGGCCCUGAGUGCACUAGUAUAGGGACAGUUGAGCAGACGUCGAGUGAUGACCAAGGGAUCAAGGGCAGGAUUGAAAAAGCCGCCAACCCAAGUGGCAAGAAAAAACUCAAGAUCUUCCAGCCUGUCGUGGAGGUUCCUGGUGCCUCCAAAUGUAUUGGCCCUGGGUGCUCAUGCAUUGCCCAGCCUGACUCCGUGUAUUGCAGCAAUGACUGCAUCCUAAAGCAUGCAGCAGCUACAAUGAAAUUUCUAAACUCAGGUAAAGACACAAAGCCAAAGCCUAAAGAGAAGACCAAGGCGAAGUCUGAAAAGCUCAUUCUUCCCAGGUGUAGCGUUCAGGCAGGCAUUAAGAUCUCUUCUGUGCACAAGAGACCAAUCCUUGAUAAGAAGGAUGUCCAGCUGAAGAAAGUGCUGGUGGCCCUACCGAGGAGCGAGGUGCUUGUGCAGGAAUCGACCUGCGACACCAGCACGCCAUCUUGGGCGAGCGACCAUAAUUACAAUGCGGUCAAGCCAGAAAGGACUGUCACCCCAUGGCCUUCCGUGCUAUGUGCAUCCACGAAGGAGGACCGGCAUGUGGAGGAGAAGCUGGCAGUGGCACCUGCUGCGCCCAAAAAAGUCCCUUCAGCUGCCCCUGCAAGCAGCAAAGCACCUUUGCCCAGAAAGCUGCCAAAGAAGCCACCUUCGCUUGCAAGCACAGCACCCAUGAAACCAAGUAUCCAGAGUCCAGCGACCUUCAAGGGCACUAUUCCCAAGAGGCCCUGGGCCUCAGCCCCGCCCACAGGCAGUGCUUCCACUGCCAAGAGGGCAGGACUGGCACCUGGCACCCCCACGCCUGCUUCCAAAAAGCUGCUGAGUUCUGCUCCGCUGGGGUCUGGAAGGAAGCUGGUGGGGGCCUCAGUGCCCGUGACCUCUCCAGUCCAGGGGCGCCAUGGGGGCUCAGGCCCAUCCCCCUCACAGCCAAAUUCGCAAAUACGGCAAAACAUCCGACGCUCCCUGAAAGAGAUUUUGUGGAAAAGAGUCAGUGACAGUGAUGACUUAAUCAUGACAGAAAAUGAAGUUGGGAAAAUCGCUCUUCACAUUGAGAAGGAGAUGUUUAACUUGUUCCACGUUACAGACAAUCGCUACAAGAGUAAAUACCGUAGCAUCAUGUUUAACCUCAAGGACCCUAAAAAUCAGGGCCUCUUCCAUCGUGUUCUGCGUGAGGAAAUCUCGUUGGCGAAACUGGUGAGGAUGAAACCAGAAGAGCUUGUGUCCAAAGAGCUCUCCAUGUGGAAGGAGAGGCCCACGAAGCCUGUGAUGGAGGCCCGGGCCAAGCUGCACAGCGAGGGCAAGAAGGCACCCGCUAGGCCAGAGCCUGCCCCCGACAUCGAGGACUCCCCGCCUGUGUCUGAUUCUGACGAACAGGAGUCAGUACGUGUACUCCCCGAGAGCAGCACUGCACCCCCCCUUGACUCGAUCAGCUGUAUGCUCAAGGACACCACGAGCCAGCACCGGGCGCACCUUUUCGACCUCAACUGCAGGGUCUGCACAGGUCAAGCUCUCUCAGCAGAAGAUGAACCAGCCCCGAAGAAACAGAAAGUGUCCACCGCCACCAAGCGGGAGGAGUUUAAGCCCCCCAAAUGUGACGGGCUGCCCCCAGAGUCAGCUCUAAGCUCGGCAGCUGACGAACUGCCCACAGAUACACCAGAGCCUGACCUGGGGUCUGGUGUGCGGGAGCCCCCUGAGAGAAGAUGCUUCUCCACGUCGACUGAAGAUGGCUCUCCUGAGCCCUGUGUCCCUGAGGCACCUGCUUGCCCAGCACCUGGAGUGGGCGGGGUGCUCACCACUGUCACUCUCUCAGGCCGGGACCCCAGGACGGCACCUAGUGGGUCGUCCACAGUCGCGGCCUUGGCCACAGCUCGUCCAACAGAGCCGCGGCAGGAUGUGCCGAGGCCGCCUGUGCCCUCUGUGACAGUGCCCAAGUCUAUUUUGGCCAAGCCAUCUCCCUCUCCUGAGCCCAGAUACCUUGUCCCCGUGCCACCAUCACCGAGCAUCGGCACCUCCGAGACUCAGUCCCUGCCGGAAGGAGACACAACUCUCUUCCUGUCUCGACUCAGCACCAUUUGGAAAGGAUUCAUUAACAUGCAGAGUGUAGCGAAAUUUGUCACUAAGGCAUACCCUGUCUCUGGCUGUUUUGAUUAUCUCAGUGAGGACCUGCCUGACACUAUUCACAUUGGCGGCAGGAUCGCCCCGAGGACCGUCUGGGAUUAUGUCGGCAAGCUCAAAUCCUCUGUGUCCAAGGAGCUGUGUCUGAUCCGCUUUCACCCUGCGACCGAGGAAGAGGAGGUGGCCUAUAUCUCUCUCUACUCCUAUUUUAGCAGCCGCGGCCGCUUUGGCGUCGUGGCUAACAACAGUAGGCAUGUCAAGGACCUCUACCUGAUCCCGCUGAGUGCCAAGGACCCUGUCCCCUCCAAACUCUUACCCUUCGAGGGUCCAGGUCUGGAGUCGCCACGGCCUAACCUCAUCCUAGGGCUUGUGAUCUGCCAGAAGCUCAAACGCCCUUCCAGUGCUGGGGAGCCCGAGAAGCCGGAGGAGAAGCGGGUCCGGUUGCCUCCCUCUGAGGAGCCUGAGCUGCCUGCCUGCCCCAGGCCGCUGCCCACUCCUCAGCCUGAGAAGCCCCCCAAGUAUCAGCUUGGCUCUGGAGACUCAGUGGGAAGCACCACACCCCCAGGCUCACCGCCCCCACCACCCCCACUCCCAGAGCCGCCAGCACCACCUGCUUCAGCUUCAGUUUUGAAAAUACUGUCCUCCCUCAAAGGCGGCCCCUCCGGCCCUGCUGCGCCUGCCACCUCGUCACCAGCGGCCACAGCAGCCCCGGCUGCUGUCACCACCACGGCGCCCAAGACCGCCUCCCCACUGGAGCAUAUCUUACAGACCCUCUUCGGGAAGAAGAAAACCUUUGACCCUCCAGCCCAGGAACCUGCCGAGGCCGCCCCAGCUCCGCUUCAUGAGCUCCCAGGCCCGACUGACAGCGGGAGGCCCGCGGCGCCCCUGCUCGAUCCUAUCGUGCAGCAGUUCGGUCAGUUGUCCAAGGAGAAGGCACUGGAGGAGGAGGAGGAUGACCGGCCUUACGACCCUGAGGAGGAGUACGGGCCUGAGCGAGCCUUCGCCGCCCAGCUUGGUGAGAGGCGGCCGCCCGAUGCCACUGGCCAGCUGGAGGACGCGGAGGAGCGGGAGGAGGUGGCCUAUGACCCGGAGGACGAGACCAUUCUGGAAGAGGCCAAAGUCACCAUCGAUGACCUGCCCAACAGGAUGUGCGCCGAAGGCAAGGCUGCCCCUGCCUCCGCCUCUGCACCAUCCGCACCAUCACUGGUGGAGCAGCAGAAGAUGCUCGAGGAGCUCACGAAGCAGAUCGAGGAGCAGAAGAGGCAGGUGGAGGAACAGGAGGAGGCGCUGCGGCAGCAGCGGGCGGCUGUUGGGGUCUCCAUGGCCCACUUUUCCGUGUCAGACGCACUCAUGUCGCCGCCCCCCAAAUCAGGACCCCCCAAGUCUGAGGGCUUCACGCAGGAGCCACCCUCGGCCAGCCGGCCCCCUGGCCCCCCGUGCGAGCCUCGGCUGAACAGGGACCCCCGGCAGGCACGGAGACUGGCUACCGAGGGCAGCGAGGGAGAGAUGGGGCCCAAGCCGGCGGCCGCAGCGGCCAAAGAAGCACCUGAGGAGGCUGUGGUUCAGCCCCCGCCCAGAGCAGAGGAGCCGGUGCCGGUGCCCACGUCCUGGGCUCCAGCAGACACUCUGCUGCCUGCCCCGCAGGAUGUACCCGCUUGCAGCCACCCCGAGAGCAUUGCUCUGGCGCCAAACGACGGCAUGGUCAGGCCUCCCCGGAAGGUGCUGCUGCCCACACCGCCGAGCACAGCCUUUGUGCCCCACUUUCCGCUGCAGAGCGAUGGGCAGAGCGUCCACACGCCCGCCGGCAGGGAACCUUUCCCAGGCCCUAUGUUCCCAGCUCAGGAACCCACCAGCGGCUCGGCCCCAUUCGAGGGCCCCGGAGGUGGCCAGUGGGCCAACAGCGAGCGACUGCCCCCGGAGGCCGACAGGGACCGCGAGGGGAUCAACAUGUACCCCCCAGCCCCAUUUCAGGGCCCACGCCCCUUCGGGAUGUCGGGGCCUCCGGGGCCCAGUUUCCCAGGACCCAGGGGUCCAGUCCCUCCAUUCGCCGAGGACAAUAUCUCCGAGGGACCGAGAGGACCGCCGCCCGCCAGGUUUGCUGGGCAGAAGGGGCCCAUCCCCUCCCUGUUCUCUGGGCAGCAUGGGCCACCACCCUCUUACGGCGACGCCAGGGGCCCCUCGCCCUCCUUCGUGGGGGGGCCUCGGGGAGCAAAUCCGGCCCAGUUCGAAGAAUGCCAGGAGCCCCCCGGAGAGAAGCGGGAAUUCCAAGACGGCCCCUACGGGGAGAUGACCGCACCGCCUGGACAGUUCGAAGGGCCGGAACAGGCCCAGUACUUGGGGGCCAGGGGCCCGGCGCCCUUCCAGUUUGGGAACCAGAGACGGCCCCUGCUGACUCAGUUUAAAGGUCCCCGCGGAGGGCCCCCGCCGGCUCAGUUCGGGGGCCACUUCGUGGGCCCGCGGGGGCCACACCCGGCUCCCUUUGAGGCCGCGCGCGGCCCCCACCCCGGCCCAUUUGAGGGGCCUCGAGGCCAGGCCCCCGGUUUCCUGCCGGGCCCCAGGCCCCUGCAGCCGCCGCCGCCGCCCUUCGAGGAGCAGAGGGUCGGCUCUCCACCGCGCUUCGCCCCGAACCCGCGGCCGCCCGCGCCCAUGCCGUUCGCAGGCCCCAGGGGCGCCGCCCCGUUCCCGGACAAGAGCGAGGCGCCGCCGCCCCGCUUCCACUUCCAGGGCCCCGCGGCGCCGGCGGGCAAGCCCCCGCCCUUGCUGGACCUGCCCCGCCACCCGGCGCCCAGGAAGGAGCGCUGGGACCAGGCCGAGCCCGCGCACCCUGAGGCCGACGCGCCCUGGGACGCGCCCGACUUCCGCGACGCCAAGGCCCACGAGUACCGGGGCGCGGGCUUCGAGGCGCGGCCGCGGGAGCGCUUCGAGCCGGGCCCCAAGGACCCGGCGGCCGACGAGCCCGACGCGCCGCCGCCGCCCCCGGACGGCCGCCCGGGCCGCGCCUUCGAGGAGCGCCGGCGAGAGCGCGAGCGCGGCCGGCGCUGGAGCCGCGAGCGCGAGUGGGAGCCCCGCGGCCGGGACUGGGACAAGGGCCGGGACCGCGGCGACAAGGGCCGCGACUGGGACCGAGGCCGCGAGCGCGGCGACAGGGACCGAGACUGGGACAAGGGCCGCGAGCGCGGCCGCAACCGCGAUCGGGAGCGUCGGCGGGAUCGCGGCCGCUCGCGCAGCAGGGACCGCGACCGGGACCGCGACAAAGGCAGGGACCGAGACCGGGACCGGGGCCGCGAGCGCAAGGAGCGCAGCCGGAGCAGGGAGCGCGCCCGGGAGUCCAAGGCGGACGCCCCGCGGGCUGCUGCCGCCGCCGCCGCCGCCGCCUCGGACGUGGCCGCCCAGAGCUAAGCGCCCGCAGCCUCCUGCUGCACCCUUCCACCAACUGCGGGGGUGCCCGCGGAGACGAGGCUUCGCAAAACGACCCUGAACUGAAACGCAGAAUAGAAUGUUCCUGGGACCUUAGAAAUGACUGUUAGAUUUUUGGUGUCUGAUGGUUUCUUACAAGAAUUUCACGUCUUUGGCAAUAUCCUGUUGCUUUUUAAAAAGAAAAAAAAAUGUUUUCCAUUUAAGAUGAUCAAAACGGGAAGCGUCUACAAAAGCACAUUGCUUCCCAUCACUACCACCCUCUCUGUACAGUUGUCUCUGCGGCAACUUGACUGUAAUCCUGGAAGGGAACUUGACAAACGGGCUCCAGCUCUCCUGCCUGACCCGCUCUGGGUUUCCUUUGUCUCCGCCCCAAAGCUGCUUUUUCAGGUAGGAAGCCCCUUCUUCGCAGAAAAUGCGGGAGUCCUUUUUUGCCUUUAUCAGAAAUUUGAAUUGAAAAUUUCAAAAAAAAUAUUCGCCGUUUCUCAAUUUCGCUUAGUUUUUAUAGAGCUACGCUUCAUAGCCCCCCCCCCCCCACGGUUUAAAACAUGGUUAACGAUUGAUUGCAUUUUAGAUAAAGUUGUAUUUUAAAAUGUUAACAUUGACCAGCCUACAGAGUAGUUAGCAAUCCUGUGUCCGUUUCUGAUGGCGCUGGGCAGCAGUGCCCUCUGACCCUCUCUCCGGGUACUCUCCAUGCCCAGCGGGAGGGGGCCGUGUCUGCACUGCUGGCAUCAAGUCCCAGACAGACCCAUCGUCCUCAUUUGCCACCCAGAGUCGAAAGCUUUUCACUGUGAAGCGCUUCUGGCCGUGUAUUUUUCAAGUACUUCUGAAGUGUGAAAUAGAGAAGACCUAAUUUAUUUGACUGUACAAAUACACUUUGAUAAUUUUUUUUAUAUUUUCAUAAACUUCCUUUUGCAAAUGUAAGAUUAGAGAAUUUCAUGGAUUCUAGAGAGCCUCCUCCAUGUCGGUCACUACAGGUUCCCUCCCUCACACAUGUUUACGUCGCAGAUGCCUCGCCAAGGCCGCUUUUGGGCAUGUCGGGGUCAGGAGCUGGUUGCUCUUUUUGCUGGGGUCCAUCUCAGCGUCUGCCUUGAGGCGAAGGCUUCCGAAGUCGUUCAACCCUCGUUUCUAAUUUAAAUACAGAAAUGUCAAAAAUCAAGUGUGUUUCGUUAGGUUGACUUGAUAGAACUUUCUGUAAAUUGUAUUUUAUAUUGCAGAGUAUUAUAUCACUGUAUAUUAAAAGAUGGAACUUCAUAGGUUUUGUUACUUGAAUAAACAUCCAGAGGAG